UCCAAAAACAAUUGUAGUUAGAUGUUCCUUUACAUAUUUAUCAACCAUGGCAGAAAGGGCUGCACACAUUACAUCAGCGUCAUUCACAACAAAGCCAUCAAUUUUUGAAAUUUUAGCCCAAGAGAGUCUGAUGACAACAAUCCGACCAGCCUUAAAGCACGCAGUAAAGGUUUUAGCUGAAAGCAGACCAGAUAAGUUUGGCUGGAUGAUACGAUGGUAUGAUGAAAUUUACACAAGUUUGGACUUGGUUCUCCAGAAUUUCUACCUCCGUAAUCACUGUUCUUCAUUUGCUGAGAAUUUCUAUGGGAUCAAGCGAGUGCCUUUAUCAGGAAUGAGUGUUGGUGAUAAACUUCCUCCUCAGAUUUUCUGGAAAUCCAUUGUCUGCCUGGCUUUAAUACCGUAUAUCAAGCAUAAGAUUGAUAAAAAGUUUGAAGACAUGCGGCAUAGACUGAACAUUGGCAACAUCUCCCAGCAAAGCGUUGUUGGAAGUCUAUCAAGAGCGUUUGUGGGAGUAUAUCCUUACAUCCACAUGACCUGGGAAGGUAGUGUGUUGUGGUAUCAGUUAGCAUACAUGUUCGGUAGAGGAAGAUGGCACACACCAUUUGUCAAGCUGGCUGGGGUGGAACUCUGUCAUGUACAAGAGGAAGAUCUUGCUUCUGCUGUUGGUUCACUUGUAGACUGGAACUCUGCCAGUUCGUCUGAGCGACUCCAAUACAUUGCGGAGAGGGCCUUGAACCUGACGGCCACCUCCUUGUCCACUGGACUAUCUGUAGGCGUGUUCUUCCUGCAGUUCCUGGAUUGGUGGUAUACCAGUGAUUCCAACGCCCCAAUGUUGAUGUCACUUCCUGUCCCAGAGGCACCAAAAUGUGAUGAGGACCUGUCAACGCCCCCUUACAAUGUCUGUCCAGUUUGUUUAAGGACGAGAACCAAUGACACAGCCUUAUCAGUGUCAGGGUAUGUGUUCUGCUAUCCAUGUAUUUAUGAAUAUGUGAACAAACACCGAUGUUGUCCAGUAACCAGCUAUCCAGCCUCUCAAGAACACUUGAUCAAACUGUAUCCUCCAGACUCUUGACAACAGCUGCUCAAGCCAAACAUCUGAAUGAUUGUGUAUGGUGGGACAUAUAUUUAUAAAAUUAUUGUGAUGAGUGUUUAAGCAUGAUUGUUAAAAUUUCGUUAAUU